UAAAGCCCUUUCGAUUCCGAAACUCCCCCAGUUUGAAAACCAAAAGGAAACCCUAGUUCCCAAAUGUCGUGGCUGAAGAACGCCGUCAGCAAGGCCGUCGAGGUCGGCAACAAGACGAACCUCACUCGCAUCAAGAACUAUGCCGACACCGUCGUCCACCACGCCGGCCAGGCCGUCGCCGGCGGCGCCAAGAUUUUCCAAGAUCGCAUGGGAAUGAAGAACUAUAGGAGCUUUAAGCAGACAGUGAGAAGGCUGGAAGAAGCUGCGGUGACUUGUAGAGGGCAGGAGAGAGUUCAGCUGCUGAGGAGAUGGCUGGUUGCUUUGAAAGAAAUUGAGAAGGCUUCUGAUGAGAAGAGUCCAGAGCAGGCUCAGUCUUCUGAUGAGCCCAACUCCCCUCCUAAAAUUGCCCCAUUGAUGUUGUUCUUUGAUUCUGAUAUGGAAGGUGAGCCAGCUAACUUUAGAGAUGUAUUUCUUCAUAGCCAAGCUUUAGAAGGCAUUACAUUGUCAAUGAUUUUAGAAGCACCAGAUGAGGAAGAGGUUGCUCUGCUAUUGGAGAUCUUCAGACUCUGUUUUACAGGAGGAAAGGAAGUUCAUAAUGCGAUUGUCAGUAGUAUUCAAGACUUGGCUAAAGCAUUCUCUGGAUACCAAGAUGAAGUACUGGUGAAACGUGAUGAAUUACUUCAGUUUGCUCAAGGUGCCAUCUCAGGGUUGAAACUAAAUGCUGAUAUUGCAAGAGUUGAUGCUGAAGCCUCAAAGCUGCAGCAAAAGAUUGAUGGAGUAGAAGUAUUGCGCUCAAUUGAAAAUUCUGAUAGGACUUCUGAGAAAGCACCACUUACAUCUGUGGAGGCUCUAAAAGCAGCACUUUCUGAAGUUCGCCUUUGUGCAAGACUGGAAGAACUGUUACUAAAGAAGAAAUCAAUAAAUCCUGGAGACUCAUCGGAGGCCCACUCACAGAAGGUUGAGAAGUUGAAAGUUUUAGCAGUCUCUCUUUCCAAUUCUUCGGCAAAAGCAGAAAAGCGUAUUGAAGAUCACAGGCAUCAAAAGGAAGAAGCUCUCAACUUUCGUGUUGUCAAAGAAAAGGAAGUUGGUGAAGUUGAGAAGGAGUUAGUUGCUGAGAUUGCUGGACUGGAGAAGGAAAGAGAUCAACUUGAAGCUGAACUCAAGAAGGUCAAUAUUUCUUUAUCUGCUGCUACGUCACGUUUGAACAAGGCCAGGGAGGAGAGGGACCAGUUUGAUGAAGCAAGCAAUCAAAUUGUUUUGCAUUUGAAGACAAAGGAAGAUGAACUGUCAAAAUCUGUUGCUUCAUGUAAGAUCGAAUCUGAAAUUGUUCAUACAUGGAUAAAUUUCUUGGAAGAUACCUGGAUACUCCACUCCUCGUACAUAGAACUGAAGGAGAAGCAGACAAAGGAUGACCUGGAGAAAUGUGGGAACUCUUUUGUGAAGUUGGUCAAGUAUCACCUUUUGGUAUUGAAGGAAGAGCUUGGACCUUCCAUUAGUCGAAUUAGAACAUUUGUGGAAAACUUAAACCAAUUCAAGGAGAGGUCAGAGCUGAUUUCAGAUGCUGAUAUUGAGAUAUCAAUGGAAUCAAACCCAAAGAAACUUCUUGAGGAGGAAUAUUUGAGCGUAGAAACAAAGGUAGUUACUGCUUUCAGUGUGGUUGAUUACAUGAAGAAGCUAUUUCAGCAAGGGAAUAUAGAAAGGAGAGAUGAUCCUGAGGUCAAAGAACUACUAGACGCCAUUGAUAAAAUGAGAGUAGAAUUUGAAUCCAUCGAGAGGCCGACACUGGAGAUUGAAUUUCCUGAAGAAAAGCCAGUCCCAUCUGAUAAGUUACAGAAAAGUUCAUCAGGAGCCGCGGUCGCUGAAGAUAAAAUGACACAGGGAAGUUCAUCGGGAUCUGAGGCCCAUGAAGAUAAGAUGAUAUCACCCAAAAAGAAAAUAGAGAAGAGUCGAGCUCAUGCUCCACAAGCAGCUUCUCCUAAAUCUAGGGCAGCAAACUCCCCAAAAUCAACAACAGAUCGGCCGGUUGAUACAGAAUCAGAACUGGCAAACUUUGAACUAGAAUUUGGAGAACCAGGAAGAGACUAUUCAAACGAAGAGAUUGGAGGCUGGGAGUUUGAUGAACUUGAGCAGGAGCUUAGAUCAGAAGGAAAUAAAUAGCCUCCUAGGAUGAUUCAUAUGAUACUUAUGCUACACAAAAACACCAGUAUCUUGUUUCAAACAUUUUACUGGUAUCCACACAGGAAAAAAAGUGCAUUUGAUGUAAUACACUAUUAACCCUUUUAUUUGUAUAAAUUGAGAUUACUUUUCGAAAGACUCUGUUCUUUUAUAUGUAACAAUAACAAGUAAAUCUGUAUUAUUUGUUCAAAUUUGUUUCAUGUCA